GACCGGAGCCCCGUCCCCAUCCCUGGCACACUGGCCUGGGUGAACGCCCGUCCACUUCUGCUUUCCCUGGCUCUCAGAGGCCCAGGUCUGGGGUGGCAGUGCGGGUGCCCGCCUGCUCACGCGCCGGACGCCUCUCACUUCUUGCUCUGCACUCCGGGGAGGCUGGAGUUUAAUCGCACAAACAGUGUCCGGCUUCCUGUCCUCGUCCGCCCCCCUCCGGCCCGCUUCCCUGGCCCCUCCCUCUCCCCUGGCCCGAUCCGCCCACCGGCUCCCCCUCCCCAUCCCUCGGGUCCCGGGAUGGGGGGGCGGUGAGGCAGGCACAGCCCCCCGCCCCCAUGGCCGCCCGUCGGAGCCAGAGGCGGAGGGGGCGCCGGGGGGAGCCGGGCACCGCCCUGCUGGCCCCGCUGGUGCUCAGCCUGGGCCUGGCGCUGGCCUGCCUUGGCCUCCUGCUGGCCGUGGUCAGCCUGGGGAGCUGGGCAACGCUGUCUGCCCAGGUGAGGCCCUCGGCGUACCCCUCGCUGGGCAUGCUAGGGGCAGAAGGUGCAGAGAAGCAGGCGGGGGCCGGGCGGGCGGAGGGCCAGGGCUGGAGGCCGCGGUGUCAGGACAAGGGCAGGAUGACGCUGCCUCCCUCCCGGCAGGAGCCUUCUCUGGAGGAGCUGACAGCGGAGGAGCACCGGCAGGGCCCUGAACUGAAUCCCCAGACAGAGGGAAGCCAGGAUGUGGUGCCUUUCUUGGAAGGACGAGUCCGGCCUCGGAGAAGUGCUCCUAAGGGCCGGAAGCCGAAGGCUCGCCGAGCCAUUGCAGCCCAUUACGAAGUUCAUCCGAGGCCAGGCCAGGACGGAGCACAGGCAGGUGUGGAUGGGACAGUGAGAGGCUGGGAAGAGGCCACAAUCAACAGCUCCAGCCCGCUCCGCUACGACCGCCAGAUUGGGGAAUUUACAGUGGUCAGGGCUGGCCUCUACUACCUAUACUGUCAGGUGCACUUUGAUGAGGGGAAGGCCGUCUACCUGAAGCUGGACUUGCUCGUCAAUGGUGUGCUGGCCCUCCGCUGCCUGGAGGAGUUCUCAGCCACAGCAGCAAGCUCCCCUGGGCCCCAGCUCCGCCUGUGCCAGGUGUCCGGGCUGGUGCCGCUACGGCCAGGGUCCUCCCUUCGGAUCCGUACCCUCCCCUGGGCUCAUCUUAAGGCUGCUCCCUUCCUUACCUACUUUGGACUCUUUCAAGUUCACUGAGGGUUCCAGCACUCCCAGAUCCCCUAAACUUUAUCCAAACAGCUCCCAAAGCACCAUGACGACCCCUGACGCCACCUCGGAGCUGCUCUUUGCUCUUGUCUUCUCCUCCAGGGGCAGCUGGCUCCUCUUCACGUGUUUUCCCCUCCACAGAAGCAUCGCUGUUCAUUAACAUCCCAUCCCACCUCAACUGCCCACCUCACUAGCCCCCUAAGCCCCACUUAUUCCUGACCCCCAGGCCAUACCCCCAGGCCACUGUGUUUACUGACUGUGCAGCAGGCACUGAGAGGGACUGGACCUGGUAACAGGAAGCCAGAGAGCCUGGGACUGGGCCACAAGUUCCCAAAUGUGAGGGGUAAGAGCCCGCCAGACACGAGCUCCUCCCUGGAUCCCUGUGGAUUUUGAAAAGAUACUAUUUUUAUUAUUAUUGUGACAAAAUGUUAAAUGGAUAUUAAAGAGAAUAAAUAAAAGAGAAUUUCUCUCUUC